AAUGAAUAUUUUGAAUUAACACUAAAAUGCAUUUCCACAUCUCUUAACUAUCAUUGAUAGCAUGAGAGUAUACUAGGAAUCUAGAUUGUGGAAAUAGCUAAGUGAUUAAUUAUUGGUCUAUAUAAAGGAUCCUUAAGUAAAUUAAGGAACCCAUUUGAAAGAUCUUUUUGAGGGUUUUGUUAAGAAAUUUUAUCAGGAAAUUGAUGAAAUGAAAUUAGUGCGUAUUCUCAUUAAGACUGCAGAAUAGUAUGGAGAUUUUCAAAGCAGAAUAGAUUUCCUUAAAUAAUUUAAAUUGGAUGAAUAACCUCAAUUAGUCAUUGAUAUUUUAAUUGCCUUCUUUAAGUUAUAAUAGGGAUAAUUAUAAGAAGUUGAUGAAUUAUUAAAAUAAUACAAACAAAAGAGUGAAAAAUUAUAGGAGGUUGAUCCACUUGUAUAUUCAAUGCUAUACUAUUUGGCAUAUAAUUUCUAUAAAAUUAAGAAUAUCUAUGAAGAAUUCUAUGUUAAUGCUUUAUAAUAUCUUGCAUAUACAAAUGAUUAGGAUAUGUUACAAGAAUAAAAGGUACAACUCUCCUAUGAGAUGGCACUUGCAGUUUUGAUUUCACCAAAUAUCUAUAAUUUCAGUGAAUUAUUACAAUAACCAGUUUUAGUUAGUUUAAAAGAAAGUGCUUAAUAUAAUUGGGUUUAUCAAUUGUUAGAUAUUUUUAAUAGAGGAAGUGUUAGAGAAUUGAAUAGCUUCUAAUGGAAUGAAGAGAGAAAAGGAUAUUUUCCAAAUUUUCAAGUUCUAAAUGAAAAAAUUAGAAUAAUGGCAUUUCUUGAAUUAGCAUUUUCUUUACCUAAAAAUAAUAGGGUUUGUACUUUUGAAGAAUUAGCUUAAGUUUCAGAGUUACCCUUAAAUGACAUUGAAAGAUUAGUGAUGAGAACAAUCAGUAAAAAUUUAGUAAAGGGAAGAAUAAAUUAAGUAAUAUUAUUGAUAAACAAUGAUAGGUAAAAUAAACGAUCACAAUUUCUUAUGUUGUUCCAAGGGUUUUGACAAUGGAUAAAAUUGAGAUUAUUAAUAAGAAAUUUGGUAAUUGGGAGAAAUCAUUGAAUAUCUUUCUUAAAGAAGUUGAAGAUGUGAGGAAGACAUUUAAUUGA